AAACUUAAAGGUCUUUUUAACAAAUUAGACCUAAAAACACAUCCCAAUAUGUCAAUAUCAACAAAGCAAUCUAAGCUUUGUUUAUCUUCAAGCAAAGUCCUUAAAGAAAAUUAUUUAGAUGAAUUAAAUGAAAUAAGGGCAAAAAGAAAUCUUAAUAAGAAGAAAAUGCUGCUUCAAGAA